UUACAAAUCAAUGGAAUGGAAACGCCUAGUGGGGGAUAAGAGAACAAUUUAUGGCACACUCGAAAUUUGGCAAGUGCGCGCGAAUUUGCCUAGAACCAAAACACGGAAAUUCCAGAGUGUGUCCGAAGUAACUGCCGGCUCUGAAGACCUAGAAGCGAACACGAGGCAAUCGACUGAUUUACACAGGAUCAUUAAACAGACGUUGGAUACUGAACAUUCCGGUGCUGCUUUCUCAGUGCUGAUUGUUAUACACAUGCGUUUAUACAGUGAUGAAAAUAAAACUGAAGAUUGACAGGCAAAUGAACAACAAUACUACUGGUAAUACUAUUAAUAACUCGAAAGGAGAUACGAAAACUUAUUCAGAAACUCCUGUUACUUUCUGUCAAAUUUCGUCACCAAGCGGAAAUCAUUUACGACAACCAUAUCGUCGUCGCAGAGAUUUCUCUAAAAACAUGAAAAGAAAAGCUCAAGUCAGUAAUCAUACAUCCAAGCAUGAAAUAAAAAUUACACCAUGGACGCCUGGUGAUGAUUAUUUAUUGAUAAAUUCAGUUGUCAUGGUGAGUUAAAUGUUGUUUAAGAUCAGCGUAAAUUAAGUGCAGAGGAAUAUCUCAUCAAUCUGUAUCCUACACUUGAUGUAAUUUCUUAGGUGAUACUGGUGUGGUAUUUUAUCCCACGGCAAAAAAAGUUAGUCACUGAAGCAUCACAUCUUAUUUAUGAAGUUACUCAUGCGAGGAUUUUACCAAUACUUAUAAUGUCAAUAUGAAACAUAUUUAGUAAUGAUUGACUGCAUUAUAUCAUUGGUUCUUGCUAUAAAUUUUAAGCGUUAUUCGUAUUUAUUUUCUGCUCUUCAUCAAAUUGUUUUGCCUUUAUCAGUGAUUUGGAAGCAGUUGUGGCUCAUCUGUCUAGUUGCUCUAGGUUCGACUAGUGGGUUUGGAGUUCGAACUUUGCUCUACUUACCGAGGUUUGGGGAGGAGGUAGUACCACUAGCCCUCACACUGUAGGCGUGACCCGCCUGAUGUACGAAUAUGGGUAUGGUUGCUUUCUCUUACUUUCUCUUAACCUAACCCACCCAUCUAGAGUGUUUCCCCUUAUCACUUACAUCUGCAAUUAAAGCCACAAGAAUGUGUUGACGAAUCUGUUAGAUAUGAGUAUUUUAUUGUAAAUCGGAUGGGUGAUUUGCAAAUAUCUCGAAGUAGGCGAUUUAUAUGGACAUUUCUAGUAAUUAAACUCCUUUCAUUUACUCACUCAUGGUGUCAAGAGAGUUUUCAUUGGAAACCAUCCUACCGAUAUCAGGUUGCGGUCUCUAACACAAAAGUUCUAUGAUUUAACAAAGUAUGUCACCAAGCAAAAUAAGAGGUCCAUCUGCAUGUAAUGCCAGCCAAACUAGCCAAAUCUUAAAGCCGGUGACUUUUUCGCCUAUGUUUCGAGUGCUGUCCAACAAUGGUAAACUGCACUGUAGUUUUCGAAUCGUCUAUUCGUGUCAAUGGGCUAUAUUCAAGUGAUCUGUACCAUUCGGUUCGUUGAAAAAUAUUUUCUCAGAUAAACCGUUGAUAAACAUAGCCCCAACCAAGCAAAGCGACCAUUUGGUGUUUAAACCACUCCCACCUGGUUAGCGAAAUUUUCAAAUAUGUGUAGAUGUUUUCUAAUUAUACAGGUUUUCCAGUAGUAUAUUGUAAAAUGUUAAGUUUACUGACCUACACUAACUUUUUUCUCAUGCAAUUAGUUUCUUGUAGAACGUAUUCCGAAUUGUUCCCAGACUUUUGCAUGGAAAAAUAGCCAUUAUUUCCGUUGAAAAAGAAUACCUAAAUAUCACAUUAGUGCACAUUGUUUCAUCAAUGAGAUUGUAGUCAUUAGAUCGUGUUUACCUCAAUAAAACACCCUUUUGUAAAAUUAAUUGCCACAGAUGUGUAACCUUACAGAAGUAUAUCAUACUGUAAAAUUCGCUGUUCGUUAUACGGAAGAAGAAAUUGAGAAUCGUUGGCAUGAUUUAUUAUUCGAUCCAAUCGUCUCAUGCACCACAUUAAAGGCGAUAGCACACCUCCCAUCAAUUAUCAAAUCCCAAUUGGACAGACAGCUCAGAUUUCCUUCUCCGAUGUGUUUCCAGAUGGUGUGUUGAAAUCGCUCAGUAUUUAUGACUUGAGUUGUUCAAUAUUUACAGAAAUUCUACGCAAAAAUCCUACAAUAUUCUAUGUUGGACGAGAUGAAUUAGAUAUAUACCGUCAAUGGUGUCGUUUUUAUAGCUGUCAUUCUCUAACACAAGAUGAAGGCAAGUUAAAAUCGAAAGCUACCAGUAUCCCAUCGUGUCCAAUGAAUUCAUCAUCAAUAACAGCACCAACAACUGUAGGAACACUGACAAUGAAUCGUGAAAGCACAUCCAUAUCAAAGGAGGAUAAUUUUUCUACCUCUAUAGCAUUAGGCGGAGAUGCUGAAAGUUUUCCAGAUACAGAGUUAUUGUUAGAAGAAACAGUGGCAAAUGCGAUUUCAGCUGGAAUUAAUAAACUUACUGAACAGUCUUCAAUGACACGUAGGCAACAUAUGCUAAGUCAAACAUCGUAUCAUGGUUUUCAAGGUCUUGUUACACAAACCGUCUUAGAGGCACUUAUCAAAGAGUCUUUGUCUAACCAGUCAAAUAAUCCAUCUUUCCAUUCUAGUCCUAUUUCGGCGUCACCGCAUUAUUUUGCAUUGACUUCGCCUAGUCCACGUGCUACAGAGCUGACUAGACUGUCAUCUACGUAUGAUCAAAAUUAUUCAGCAGCACCCGAAUCAGAUAAGCCACGUUCAUCACUGAUGCUCCAGUCAUCAAUACUUCCAGUUGUAAACCACCAGGCAUUUGAUCAGAAGCGUCGACUAGAACUUCAUCGACGUCGUGGGCGUCUUUGGGGACGCUUACGUCGAACUAAAGAAGAAGCCAGUCGUUGGACACGUUUAGUUGAAACAUGCGUAGCUGAUGGACUAGAAAUAAUGGACCCACAACCAGUUUAUCCAGCUUUGGCAUCUCUCACAGGAUCCAGGACACAAUUCUUAAUCAAACAGAAAAAGGUUAUAUUUGGUCGUAGGUCAUUUGUUUAUCAGCCACAUAUUGAUUUAUCAAAUGAAGGUGAUAGUGCACGUGUAUCACGUUGUCAUGGUCAAAUACGUCUAGAUAAUGAUGGAAUAUUUUGGUUGGCCAAUUUUUCAUCACAUACCGUUUAUGUUGAUGGCAAUCCUAUAUUAACUGAUGAAGAGGUGGAAUUAAAAGAUUUAGCUACAAUUUUAAUCAGUCAUAUGGCAUUUCGAUUUGACGUGAAUCACUACUAUAUGAACCAGUUACGUAACCAUGUCAGUAAUAACAGUAGCAAUGACAAUAAUACUAGUAAUGUCGAUGAAACUGCAAAUGUCAGUGCUGUCGUCGACACCAGUGACGAUAAUCACGACAGUCAUUAUGAAAUGAACAUUACCAAACCGAUUAUAAACUAACCUUCUCAACUAAAAUUCAGUGGUCAGAAGAUUAGCUAAUCCAUCGAUUUCAGGUAACCGCGGUGCACUGGACAUAUCCAACUCUUCACGUAUAUAUUCAAAAUUAUGAUCUCGUAUUAUUAUUAUUAUUAUUAUUAACAUCAUCAUUUGCAAACAAUUUUGUUCUAGUAUUACUUUGCAAAUAAAAUUGAUUUCGAAAUGU